GAAGAAUUAGGAACAAAACUCUACCUAACAUUAACAACAUCAAAUAAACACAAGAAAUGGCAAUGAUGUUAGAGAAUGAAAUGAGUUUGAAAAAGAGUCAAAGGUCCAUGGAAAAAUUUGAGGUAAAAGGAGCACGUUCUGUCAAGAGGCAAAGAAGAGAACAUGUUAUUGCAUCAAAAAGAGGCCAUGAUAACCAUAAGCAACAAGUUGGUGAAAUUGAAAAUUCUACAAUUAAUACUAUAAAGAGAAGUUCAAAAUUUCGCGGUGUUAGCAGGCAUAGAUGGACAGGUCGAUAUGAAGCUCAUUUAUGGGACAAACAUUCUUGGAACAUAACACAAAAGAAGAAAGGGAAACAAGUAUACCUUGGGGCUUAUGAUGAAGAAGAAGCUGCCGCAAGAGCAUAUGAUUUAGCUGCAAUUAAGUAUUGGGGAACAUCAACAUUCACAAAUUUUUCGAUAUCAGAUUAUGAGAAAGAGGUAGAAAUAAUGAAUACUAUGACCAAAGAGGAGUACUUGGCUACAUUAAGAAGAAAGAGCAGUGGCUUUUCAAGAGGUGUCUCAAAGUAUAGAGGUGUUGCAAGGCACCAUCAUAAUGGUAGAUGGGAAGCAAGGAUAGGAAGAGUUUUUGGAAACAAAUAUCUUUAUCUUGGAACCUAUAGUACACAAGAGGAAGCUGCAAGAGCUUAUGACAUAGCUGCAAUUGAGUACAGAGGAAUUCAUGCUGUAACCAACUUUGAAUUAAGCAGUUACAUAAAAUGGUUAAAGCCAGAAAGUACCACAGAAACAAAACAUGAAUCAAAAGCACUUCCACAAGACUCACAGAAAGUAGCAUCACCAAAUAACUCUACUCUAAUACAAGAAUCAAAGUUAUUAGCCCUUAAAAAGAGUUUUUUCAAUUCAGAUUACAUGAAUUCAAAUGAAAAGCAAGAACCAUCAAUUGAAAACAAAAACUACAGUUUCUUGAGCAACAAGUCAACUUCUCCAACCGCGCUUAGCCUUCUCCUUCGAUCUUCGUUGUUUAGAGAAUUACUCGAAAAGAAUUCAAAUGUAUCUGAGGAUCAUGAAGUCACAAAAGAACAACAGCAACAACAUAAUACAGCUAGUGAUGAUGAAUUUGGAGGAAUAUUCUAUGAUGGUUUUGACAAUAUCCAAUUUGACUUUGAUACCAACAAAUGCAACAUAGAAUUGCAAGAAAGAGACUUGUAUUCAAUAUUUUGUACAUAGGUUUGUAUUAUUUAGAUCUCAAAUAAUACUUUGAAUUUUGGACAAGAUAUAAUUAUCAUAGUUUUUAAUACAACAUGCAUGAUGCUAGAAUGUGUACAUGGAAACAUGGCUUGUAUAAAGCAUAUGGUGUCAUUUAAAUCUCCUAAUGUUCAAAAAUUUCAAC